AUGCGUCCUUGGGGGCGCUGUAUGGGCAGUGAUUGUGGCCCCGGCGGCAGUCAGAGCCGGGCGGUGUGGUGCGCCCACUCCGAAGGAUGGACCACCCUCCACACAAACUGCGACCAGAGCAAGAGACCGGACAACCAGCAGAGCUGCUUCAGGGUCUGCGACUGGCAUAAAGAGCUGUACGACUGGCAGCUGGGGGCCUGGAACCAGUGCCUCCCCGUGUCCAUGCGCAACGCUGGAGUUCAGCGACCCAUCGUCUGUACCCGGGGCGAAGAGGGCAUUCAGACCCGGGAGGUGGGCUGCGUCCUGAAGGCAGACGGAGAACCAGCAGAAGAUGCAAUCUGUGAAUAUUUUGAGCCAAAACCCCGUCUGGAGCAGGCCUGUUUGAUCCCCUGUCCGCGGGACUGCGUGGUGUCUGAGUUCAGCCCAUGGACGCAAUGUUCUAAAACCUGUGGGAUGGGACUACAGAACAGGAUCCGCUUUGUUUUAGCGCCACCGCUGUUUGGUGGGUCGGCGUGCCCGAAUCUGACGGAGUUUCAUACGUGCCAGCCGGGGAAUUGUGAAGGGGAGGAGAGUCUGUACAGCCUCAGAGUCGGACCCUGGGGGCUCUGCUCGAUCCCGGUGUCCAGGCAAGCCAGACAAGCUGAUAGACAACCAAGAGAGGAAGGAAAGGAAAGUGAGAAACCGUCCAAAGAGGGGGACAAACCGUCUAAAGAGGGGGACAAACAGUCUAAAGAGGGGGACAAACCGUCUAAAGAGGGGGACAAACCGUCCAGAGAGGGGGACAAACCGUCUAAAGAGGGGGACAAACCGUCCAGAGAGGGGGACAAACCGUCUAAAGAGGGGGAAAAACCGUCCAGAGAGGGGGACAAACCGUCCAGAGAGAGUGAGAAAACAUCGAAAGGGGGCGACAAACCGUCCAGAGAGGGAGUCAAAGUGACCGGAGAGGGGGAGAAACCCAGCAGAGAGGGGGACAGGCCGCGCAAAGACGGAGAAAAAAGGUCCAAAGAUGCAGACAAACUGUCUAAAGAUGGACCCAAACCCUCCAGACCCAACAGGAAACUUGGCCGAGCGAACAGGAAACCGGACCGCCCGUCCCGGCAGGCGGACCGACCCAAACGACAGAAAAAGGCCAAAAACAAAGAGAAAAAGGAGAAAAUUCGGGAGAAAGUGAGGGAGAGGUUGAGGGAGAGGGGGAAGGCGAAGGAUCCGGAGACCAGAGAACUCAUCAAGAAGAAGAGGACCAAAAACCGCCAGAACCGACCGGGGGGGAAGUUCUGGGAUCUGACGGUUGGAUACCAGACCCGAGAAGUGUCCUGCGUUCACAAGAGCGGGAACGUCGAGGCUCUCAGCUUCUGCUCCCAGGACUCUCUGCCAAUCACCUUCCAGGCCUGCGUGAUGACCAAAGACUGCGACGUCACCGAGUGGUCUGAUUGGUCCGCCUGCUCCAAGGAGUGCUACGACCCCAACAGACCCAAAGGGGAUCGAACCAGGAGCCGGAAAGUGAGCCAGUUCCCCAUCGACGGAGGGGCCGACUGUCCUGAGCUGCUGGAGAAGGAGAGCUGCUCUGCUGGAGAGGAAGUGCCCCCCUGCAUUGUUUAUAGCUGGAAGAGCACUGAGUGGACUGAGUGCCGGGUGGACGUUCUGCUGAGUCAGCAGGACCGGAGGAGGGGGAACCAGACCGGCCUGUGUGGGGGGGGCCUCCAGACCAGGGAGGUGUACUGCGUGCAGACCAGCUCUGAGACCCCCCCCAACCUCGCAGCCAUCAGGAGCAAAGAGGAGGACUCUCCGGUGAAGCCCAGUUGUGUCGGCAGUGUUUCGGCCGGCAGCAGCUGCCUCAGUGCCGCCGUGAUUCCCCGGCUGGAUCUGGAGUUUGUUAUUAAUGUCAGGCGGCACCGGGCGAACAGGUUUCCUCAUUUGGCGUCAGAGACUUCACCAUCUGGCUCAGAGACUCCUGAGCAAGCGAGGAACCAUCCAUCAGCCGCACGACCUUCAGACUCUCUGCAGCCGUUUGGGACUGAAGCAGAGAACCAGGCCACACCAAACACCGGAGGAAACAUCGUCUUUGUUGUUUUAAAGAUGUCUGGCUCUGGAAGAUUUGUUGUGAAGAAGAGAGGAGAGUGUUUGCAAAUGUUGGCUGUGAUUUGUAGCUGA